UCAUUCCACAAAUAUCUGGAAAUCGGAGCCCUCCAUUUUCCCGCACGCCUACCACCCCGGAAAAAAUCAUUUUCCCGAAUGCCAAACAGCAAUUCUCUCGAAAUCCGAGGAACUCAUAAGCCUUUCGCAACAGGAUAUCUCGAUUUUUUAGGUCAUAACUUCUGCGACUGCUGUAAUAUGGGAUUACCUGUGGUAAGACUUGGAUCUCAUUUCUGGUUAUAAGGAGCUCCACAUCCAUCCUAAGUUUUGUAGAGUCCAAUCUAUAUUGUAUGUAAGUGUGUAGUUACUGAGGUCGGGAAAAACAGUUUUCAUAGAGAAUGACUAGGCCGCGAAAGGACAGAAGCACCUGUGAAGGUGGGAGUGCACCCGAUGGAGUGGGUACUAGUCGAGGGCACAAUGUUCCAUCAAGUUAUCUAGAUCAUGAAGUUGCUCAACUCACAAAGCUUAGGUCAGAACCCAAUGGGCUUCUGAGCCGGGUGGGGCUGGGAAAAUCGCUGUUACCUGUUUCCCCCGUGAUGAUGUUGGCUGGCCGAGAAAGUAAUUAUUCAGGGAGGGGUAGAUUCUCAUCAGCUGAUAGUUGUCAUGUUCUAAGCCGAUAUUUGCCCAUCAAUGGACCCCGAAGAAUUGAUCAAAUGAACAGCUGUGCAUAUGUUUCACAGUUUUCUGCUGAUGGUUCUCUUUUUGUUGCAGGAUUCCAGGAAAGUGAAAUUAGGAUAUAUAAUGUCAACGGUGGAUGGGAAGUCCAAAAGGAUAUUUUAGCAAAAAGUUUGCGAUGGACAAUUACUGAUGCAUCUCUUUCACCAGAUCAACAUUAUCUGGUUUAUGCCAGUAUGUCGCCUAUUGUCCAUAUUGUCAAUGUUAGCUCGUCUGUGACAAAAUCUCAUGCAAACGUUACGGAAAUUCAUGAGGGUCUGGAUUUUUCAGUUGGUGAUGAUAUUGAGGGUGAACGCUCUUUUGGGAUAUUCUCUGUAAAAUUUUCAACAGAUGGGCGGGAGCUUGUAGCUGCUAGUAGUGAUGAUUCCAUAUAUGUCUAUGAUCUUGCAGCAAAUAAGCUUGCUCUCCAUAUUCCAGCACACAAGUCUGAUGUCAACUCUGUAUGUUUUGCUGAUGAAAGUGGCAAUGUCAUAUAUUCGGGGAGUGACGAUAACCUGUGUAAGGUAUGGGACAGACGCUGUUUUGUUACAACAGGGCAAGCAGCUGGAGUCCUAACGGGACAUCUAGAAGGCAUCACUUUCAUUGACAGUCGCGGUGAUGGCCGUUACUUUAUCUCGAAUGGGAAAGAUCAGUCCAUCAAACUUUGGGAUAUCCGGAAAAUGUCCUCUAAAGUCACUUGUCCGAAUCCGAGGCUGAGGAAUGAGUGGGAUUAUAGGUGGAUGGACUACCCACCCCGUGCUAGAAAUAGGAAGCAUCCUAAUGAUCAAUCAUUGGCUACAUAUGAAGGUCAUUCAGUCUUGCGUACACUCAUACGCUGUUACUUCUCCCCAGCAUAUAGCACUGGUCAAAAGUACAUCUACACGGGAUCUAGUGAUUCUUCUGUUUAUAUCUAUGAUGUGGUGACCGGAGCUCAAGUGGCUAGACUUGAGUACCAUGACGAUCCUGUUAGAGAUUGUAGUUGGCACCCAUUCUACCCGACUCUCGUCAGCUCUUCAUGGGAUGGUGUCAUUGCAGAAUGGGAGUUUUCAGGGAGAGUUCCCUUGAAGCCACCGAGUAGAAGGCGGAGACGACAUUUCUAUUGAAACAAUCACGGUGCCAUACCAAACAUUAUGAACUUGCACAUGUAUUUUGAGACACCCAUAUACAGGCAUGUACAGUUUGUGAUGCUUUUUUCCUACAGCCCAGAAGUAGGUGACAUCGGUAUUGCUAUAUCUGAUAGUAAUUUCUGGUGUUUUGUUCUGCCGCCACAGAAGUAGAAUACUUGUAGCCCUUUUUGUUGAUGUAUUUGUCAUAAUUGAUGUUACGAAAUGAUAUUAUUAAUUUUCUUUGUUCGAUGUUUUUGAUUUUGCGAUAAAAUCUUCUAGCCUGUGAGAUAUUAGUAUUAUGUUUGAUUGAUAUGGCCGUAUGGCUUCUUUUU